UGCAUUUGCCAAAUUAAUUCCUCCAUGCACACCAAAAAUGUAAUGUGAUUUAAUGACAUGGGACAGCAUAACUUGACUGAUCAGCAGACCCAUCUCGUCGCACAUACAUAGCUGGUGAGGCUUGUACAAUUAAAGUAUAGAAAUCAGUAUGCAAAGAGUUGAAAUUAUAUUCAGUUCAGGGUAUUUUGGUCAUCAUCUCUGUCAUCUUCAUCAAAAAAAAAAAAAACCUUACAUUACAAGUUACAAAAAGUCACUACCUACAAAAAAACUAAACCAAAAAAACUGUUUAAGUAUGUCAUCAGGAGCGCUGCAAUGCCUAAUGUCUCUCUGUCUGUGUUCAUGCAGUGAAAUGGCAGAAGCCAGCAUCAAAUGGGCUGAGGAUCAGUUCAUGUGUUCAGUGUGUCUGGAUCUACUGAAGGAUCCAGUGACAAUUCCCUGUGGACACAGUUACUGUAAGGGAUGCAUCUCAGGUUGCUGGGAUGAGGAGGAUUGGAAGGGAAUCUACACCUGUCCUCAGUGCCGACAGACCUUUACACCAAGACCAGUUUUAGGAAAGAAUGUGGUGUUUGCUGAAAUGGUGGAGAAACUGAAGAAGACAAGACUCCAAGCUGCUUCUUCUCCUGUUCCUAUUCUUCAUCAUCACACUGGAUCUGUAGAUGUAAAGUGUGAUUCCUGCACUUUAAUUAAACGCAAAGCAGUGAAAUCGUGUCUGGAGUGUCGAAGCUCUUACUGUCAAAAUCACCUCAAACAGCAUGAGAAUCUCUUCAGAGGUAAAGGACACAAUCUUAUGGAUGCCACUGGACGGCUGCAGGAGAUGAUGUGCCCUCAACAUGAUAAAAUGCUGGAAGUUUACUGUCAUACUGAUCACCGGUGUAUCUGUGUGUUGUGUUUGGUGGAUGAACACAAAAAUCAUGACACGGUAUCAACUGCAGCAGCGAGGACAGAGAAACAGAGACAUUUGGAGGGGAAACAGAGACAAUUCCAGAAAAUAAUCCAGCAGAAAGAGAAAGAUCUGCAGGAGCUGAGAGAGGCUGUGGUGUCUCAUAAGUGUUUUGCACAGACAGCAGCAGAGGACAGUGAGAGGAUCUUUACUGAAAUCAUCCGGUCCAUUCAUAAACAUCGCUCUGAGGUGAAGCAGCUGAUCAGAGAUCAGGAAAGAGCUGCAGUGAGUCGAGCUGAAGCACGACUAGAUGAACUGGAGCAGGAAAUCAGUGAUCUGAAGAGGAGAGACAUUGAGCUGAAGCAGUUUUCUGAAGCACAGGAUCAUGUUCAUUUCCUUCAGAGUUGGCCUCCUGUCUCUUUCUCUGAAUCUACAGAAGGCUUCACUAUCAGUUCUCAUCUCUCUUUUGAAAACAUUGUUGAGUCUGUCUCUCGAAUCAGAGACAAACUGCUGCAGUUCUGCACAGAGACUAUAGAAAACAUAUCGGGAACAGUGAAAACUGUCCAGGUCACUGGCACUCCUGAAUAUCAGACCAGAGAAGAGUUUCUACAAUAUUCAGGUCUGUUGACUGUGGAUCCAAACUCAUUGUUUUACGGCCUCCAUCUGUCUGAAGGAAACACCGUGAUGACUGUCACUGACACACAUCAGUGUUAUCCUGAUCAUCCUGACAGAUUUGAUUCUUGGGCCGAGGCAUUGUGUAGAGAGAGUGUGACUGAACACUGUUACUGGGAGGUGGAGUGGAGUGGUGAUGGUACGUCAGGAGUGGAUAUAGCAGUGACAUAUAAGAGCAUCAAGAGGAAGGGUGGUGGACCUGAAUGUGCAGCUGGACGUAAUGACAAAUCCUGGAGUUUGUACUGUACUCCCACUUUCUGCUCAUUCUGGCACAAUAACACUGAGACUGUCCUUCCUGUAACCCAUGUGUCCAGUAGAAUAGGAGUGUAUGUGGAUCUCAGUGCAGGGAUUUUGUCCUUCUAUAGUGUGUCUGACACAAUGAGCCUCAUCCACAGAAUCCAGACCACAUUCACUCAGCCGCUCUAUCCUGUGUUUGGAUUUGAUAGACAGACAGUGGUGAAACUGUGCCAUCUCACCAGUUAAAUCAUACAGAGAGACUACAGAUUUGUAUUUUAUUCAUGUUGUCUUGUAGUCUUUUUGAUUAAAUGUAUCUCUAGUUUGAUUCUCAGAAGUAACGUUCAAAUCUUCCGGUAAGAUACUUUUAAUAUAUUUGUUUCAGAUUUUUGGAAUCUUUUUUUUUUUUUUUUUUUUUUUUUAACAUGGAUUUGGUCACAUGUAGUUCAUGUUUAAUAGACUACCAAACAUAACACUUAAGUACAUUCCUAGCUAGUAUAAGUAAUUAAAUUCCCAAUGUGGUGAUUGAUUAAUCUGAUUAAUCAAAAUUUAAUGACAUAUCAACUUGGAUCAAUUUUAUGUUAAAAGAGACAUAAAUAGACAAACUUUUUUGAGCUGGGGGCCACGCUUCUGUCUAUGGGGUCUUUGAUGUUGAUGAAAUUUCAUUUUGUGGUCUUGUUGAAGACACUGAAGACAUUUUAUGAUUGUAGUGUAACCAAUAAAUUUGAAGUUGAUUUAAGUUUUUAUAUUUCUAACCCUAUUAAUAUGACCCACAGUUUUAACCUUAAAAUAUGUUUUUUUUUUAUUACGAAAACUCGUAAUAAUUACGAGAACUAAUUAUCUCUCGAAUACGUUAUUAAUUUCUUUAAUGUAUGUACAAAAUUCUUCAUCCACAAGCAAAACUGGCUAAAAUUUCCUUUGUUUUCCUCUUUUUCUUGUUGAAUUUAAUUCUCUUUUUCAUCCCUCAGGCAUAUAAAUAACAAAAACAACAAUACAAAAUUCAAUUGUUGAUGCAUUAUUAUUAUAUGAAUGCUAUGGUUAUUCAAUGAUAUUUAACCUUGUCAUUGUAUAUAAUCUCAUGAUGUAUCCAAGUGUUCAAUUGUGUUCAGUAUUUUGUUGUGGGGGUUAAAGGGUUAAAGAUUUAAGAUGAAG